GACUUGGAAAAACCAAGUCUUCUUACUCUUUGUUACACCAACUUUGUCAAUACUACAUCUUCACAUGGCUCUGUGCCUCCGUUAAAUAAUAAAUAAAUAAAUAAUCCGAGCUUGUCCCCCAGUUAUACUAACAUACCAUGGUGAUGAACUUCAAUAUUCUCAUAUUUCUUCUAGUACUAUGUGGCAAUAUCUUCUUGAUUUUCAGCCAAGUUAUUACUACUCCCCUUCAAUAUAUCUGCCCAAACACAACUUCUUACAGUCCCAACAGCACUUACAACUCUAAUCUCAAAGUUCUCCUAUCAUCUUUGUCCUCUAAUGCUUCUAGGCCUAGUGGAUUUUACAACUCAACAGCUGGUCACACGGGUUCUGAUGUAGCUUAUGGCCUGUUUUUAUGCAAAGGAGAUCUUUCCCCUGACGUUUGUCAAAAUUGUGUGUCAAGAGCUAUUAAAGAUAUCUUGGAAAGAUGUCCAAAAAGAAAAAUUGCUGUCAUUUGUUACGACGAAUGCUUGUUGCGUUACUCGAAUCGAUCCAUCUUUGCCACAGAGGAUGUAUCAGUUGUAAAAACUUUGUACAACGAUCAAAAUGUUAGUGAACCGAAGAGGUUCUUGCCACUACUCGGAAACACGAUGGAUGAAAUAGCAACUGUGGCUGCAAAGGAAAAUGAUCGUUCAGGGAAAAAGUUUGCUACUAAAGAAGCCAAUUUUUCGUCACUUGAGAGAGUUUAUUCACUUGCGCAGUGCACUCCGGAUCUCUCUGAAUUUUCUUGUUAUACUUGCCUGAGAUUUGCGAUUGAAAAUUUACAGAGUAAUGGCUGGAAAGGCGGUAGGGUUAUCUUACCGAGCUGUAAUAUUCGUUAUGAGAUGUACCCUUUUUAUAACAUUACUGCUGUCGCGCCACCACCUCCACCACCAGUUCUCCGUUCUCCUCCUCCUUCUUCAAUGUCCAAUUCGACAAGCAACGAUAGAGGAAAAAGGGGAAUUGCAUCUGGAGCAAUCAUUUCCAUAGUUGUUCCAAUUGCUGUUUCAAUUCUACUGUUCAUUUUUGGUUUUUGUUGGAUAAGAAGUAGAGCUUCGCAAGAACUCAAUGUAGUAGAAGAGAUCAUAGAUGCAGAUGAGAUUUCAACAGUUAAAUCCUUGCAAUAUCACUUGAACACUAUUCGAGCUGCCACGACAAACUUCUCUACUGACAACAGAAUUGGUGAAGGUGGAUUUGGUGCUGUUUACAAGGGUAUACUUCCUGAUGGGCAAGAUAUAGCUGUGAAGAGGCUAUCAGGAAGCUCAGCGCAAGGUAGAGAGGAAUUUAAGAACGAGAUCGUAUUGAUCGCGAAGCUUCAACACAGAAAUUUAGUGAGACUAUUGGGAUACUGCUUUGAAGGAGACGAAAAUAUACUUGUCUAUGAAUUUGUCCCCAACAAAAGCCUUGACUAUUUCUUAUUUGAUCCUGAAAAGCAACAACUACUGGAUUGGUCGAGACGUUACAAGAUUAUAGGAGGGAUUGCGCGUGGACUACUUUACCUUCACGAGGAUUCUCGUCUAAGAAUUAUACACCGUGAUCUCAAAGAAAGCAACAUACUAUUGGAUGCAGAAAUGAAUCCCAAAAUAUCAGAUUUUGGAAUGGCAAGACUAUUUGGUGAUCAAACUUCAGAAAUUACAAGCAGGAUUGUUGGGACUUACGGUUAUAUGGCACCGGAGUAUGCUAUGCGUGGACAAUACUCUGUUAAAUCUGAUGUUUUCAGCUUUGGUGUUCUACUCCUGGAGAUCAUAAGUGGAAAGAAGAAUAGUUCAUUUUACCAAUCAGAUGGUGCUGAAGACCUUCUUAGCUAUGUUUGGAAGCAUUGGAGGGACGGCACGCCAUUGAAUAUAAUGGAUCCAACAUUUGGAGAAUUAUACUCAAAAAAUGAAGUCGUACAGUGUAUACAUAUUGGACUGUUAUGUGUUCAAGAAGAUGCUAAUGAAAGACCUACAAUGGCAUCUGUGGUGCUCAUGCUUAGUAGUUAUUCUGUUACCAUGCCAGCGCCUCAACAACCUGCAUUCUUUUUUCAUAGUCGAUCAGAUGAUACCAAAGGGCUAAAAUCAGAUCAAUCUACAAGCAAGUCAAUUCCAUUGUCCGUGAAUGACGUAUCCAUUACAGAAUUGGAGCCAAGAUAGAUGGAUACAAUGAUGGAGUUUAAGUUUACCAUCUAGUGGGAACACCUACUGAUACGGGUCAACUUAACCUGAUGGUGUAAGAAAUUUAUAGAUGUCUUAUAUUCUAUAUGUAAUAUAGAGGAAUAAGGUGAUUGAAUGAGACUAGGUAAGAGGGUUAUAUUCCUAAUUUCCCAUGCAAUUGGAAUUAGUUCAUGAUCCAUUUAUUAAGUAUUUCAUUCAACAAACAGUAGUAGGCAUUGAAGAUUUAAAUUCUAUUGGAUGGUUUGCCGGUGGCAAAUCUAUCUAAAUCUACAUCAAUGAAAACAUAUAUUUAGAAGUGUUAUCACUGCUUCGCUCA